GGACAUGACAGUACGUUUAAAUUUGUAUUAUGUAUGUAGGUUCAAGAUCAGAACUUACUGUCGUUUUUAUGCAACACACUCACACAAGACAAGUCAAAGGAAAUCUCCUCAGUGCUGCUGAUGGCGUCCGUGGAGCUCAUGUGCUGCUUUGUUCUCUUCUCAGUCGUUCAGGUCGCAGCAGAACCAGGUGAUGAGUCGGUCGUGCUGACCUGCAGAAGCACCGUUCAGCCCGAUGGUGCUAAAGUGGUGUGGAAGGACCGGAAUGAGAGGAAGGUGCACGUAUGUCAGAAAGACUCUGAGCAGCCUGAGAAACAGCACAGACGCUACAGAAACCGAACAGAGAUGAAGAAAGAGCCGCUGAGGACCGGAGACCUCAGCGUGACCCUGAAACACCCCACAAACACCGACAGGGACACCUACACCUGCACCGUCUACAGCAGGGAGGGGAAAGAACUGCUGGAGAAACAGGUGGAGCUGAAAAUCAAAGGGACAGAUCAGGUCCAGGAUCCAGCCGAGGACAACAAGGCUUUUGAAAUGACUCCUCUGAUGGACCAGCUUAGUCUGACUGGGCUCUGAUUAUGGAUCUGACUGGUCUGUGAGUCAGAGGGAAAACACCAGUAAGGGGCUGAAGGGGAUGAAGAGGGGACGAUGCUGAGUUCCUCCACGUUCUGUGAGGAUGUUUUCUGUUCACACAGCUGAACCCUGCAGUGGCUGUAGCUCAGCGCACUCAUUUGUUACCACAUUAGCACAAACAACACUCAUCUUUUACUUACACAUUUAUAUUGUACUUACCCAUAAUGCCUUGCUGUUCAGGUCUCAGCUGUGACCUGGGUGCUGUUUAGUUGAUGUUUGGACCUCAUGUCUGCACGGUCUCAGAGCUCCUACACGUGUGAGGCUUUAGUGUUGGCUGUGUCUGUGAAACUGCACAAAAUAUAAGACAACUAACACUUUAACAUACAUGUAGCUAACGAAGUGUACGAGGAAAAAGAACAAAAUGUUUCUGUAAAAUGCUGCUGAAGAGAAAAGAAAUAAAGUCCAUCAUCUGUCUCUGUCUGAUGUAUGAGUCAGGUUUGGGUGGAGGGCAUACAUUUGUCCUUGUUAUUCUUUACACAGUUAAUCACCUUGGUUCACUCCUCACAACACCUCAAAGUGUGGAGGAAGCAGUGACUC